AUGACAGAUUCAGGAGGGCCGCAGAGGCGUGCACCGUGUUUUGUGUCUACGUUGCUUUCCCAGAAGGUUCCUGAGAAGUCAGACAUCAUGCUCCGCUGCAUAAUAUCGGGUCAGCCCAAGCCAGAGGUAACUUGGUUUAAGAAUGGUCAAGCCAUAGAUGAGUGUGGCAUUGUUUCCUGUUACGAAUUCUUUGAGAAUCAGUAUAUUCAUGUGUUACAUCUCUCACGCUGUACCCCAAAUGAUGCUGCUGUUUAUCAAAUCUCAGCUAAAAACUGUUUUGGAAUGAUCUGCUGUUCUGCUUCUGUUGAGGUCAAGUGCUUGUCAGAGAACCCACAAUUGUCUCCUAACCUGGAAGAUGACAGGGACACAGGUUGGAAACAUGAGACUGGGAAAUAUGAGGAGGAAAGUGCAAAUCAAAUUGAUGAGAAAGAUGGUCCCGGUAAGGACGAAGCACACAUCGCCCUGGCCACUCCCACAGCAACUGGCUCCUCCCCCGCCAAAUUCAGCCAUUUCCGUUCACCCCAGUUAUUGGCCAAUAGUGACAUCAGUGGAUCCAGUUCUGAAAAUCCUUUGGGUAUUGAAGGAACAAAGCAAACUGGAGAGGCUGGUGACCUGAGUAACAGAGAAGAAAUUGGGUUGCUUUUUCUAAAUUCAAGUAAUACUCCCCCAAAACAAGAAGCAUGCAGCCACAGGACAGUGCAUUCCCAAAUAUCAGGGUUCACAGAUGGUGGCCAGAACAAUGAUGGCCCUAACGAUGGAGUCUUAAGCUCUAGCCAUCAAAAUCCAAAAGUCCAGAAAUACAUUAGCUUCAGCCUCCCGCUGUCUGAGGCAACCGCACACAUUUACCCAGGUGACAGUGCCACCGUCAACAAACAACACGGCCAACAGGUCUCCAGCGAAGACUCCGACAGUGACUAUGAACUUUGCCCAGAGAUAACCCUAACCUGCACCGAGGAGUUUUCAGAUGAUGACCUGGAGUAUCUGGAAUGUUCCGACGUAAUGACAGAUUAUUCUAAUGCAGUCUGGCAAAGGCACCUGCAGGGGACUGAGCAUGUUUUUUUAUUAGAAAGCGAUGACGAAGACAUGGAAUUCAGCGAGUGUUGCCUGGGUGGGUGUGAGCAUUUCCUCAGUGGAAUGGGUUGUGGGCCUCGGGUGUCGGGUGACACUGGGCCUAUGGAUGCCGCUGGUGGCCUGUGUGGUUAUCACUCACAACCCCAAGAAGUGGGGGUGAGGAGCGGCAGAGCCUCCAUGCACGGCCCCUCGGGCCCACAAACAGGGAUGACUCUCACACUGGGACCUCACCAGGAUGGGACGUCUGUGGUGACCGAACAGGGUAGAUAUAAAGUCCCCACUGCUUCUGAGGCUGCUGAGAAUGAUUAUCCAGGAAUUCAAGGAGAAACCAGAGACAGCCACCAAGCAAGAGAGGAAUUCGCCAGUGACAAUCUGCUGAACAUGGAUAACGCAGCGACAGAGACAGAGACGAAGCUCUCGUCUGGUGAGUUAGAGGAAUCAGGGGUGAACCAAUGUUCGGAGGCCACAGCUGAGAAAAGAGUAGAGGAAAAGGACGUAUGGAGCAAGAGGGGCUCACAGAAGCCUGCCAGGGGGAGGCGACUGGGAAUUAAAGGAAAACCCAAGAAGCUGAACGCCAGCCUGCAGCAAAGGACAGCAGAAGGCACCCUGCAUCUCCUCUGUCCCAGAGAACCUGCUCAGCACCCACUAACCCAGAGAGAUGAAGGAGGCAUUUCUCACGGCAAAGCAGACGCUACGGAUGGGAAUUCCCACGUCCAUGCAGGAGGAUGUGUUAUUUCAACCCUUGCAGAGCAAGAAGCAAAAACCCUUCAAAUUCCAACAGACUCAAUCUCCAAAGAAGGGAGCACACAUUUCGAGGGAGAAGGGAUGCAGGUUACUGAUCUAUUUGAAAGACGCCAAGUUCCAGACCUCAGUGAUCAUCCUCAGGUGCAAAUUCGGGAAAUGGUCAGGGAGAGAAUCUCUCUCAGCCGCACGCCAGCUUUCUCAGAGCCUGCUGCGGAGGAGUCUCCAUUCACUGGGACCACAACAAAUUCCUUCCCCGACUUAGGAGGCGUCCACGAGGAAAAUGCAUCCUUGACUCAGUACCUAGAGGUUGAAGGCUGUAUGCAAGGCCCACAGGAUAAAGAAAAACAAGACAGAGAAGGCAACACACAUGGAGAUUUCUGGGAAGACCUAAAACAUGAGCUUAGCAUCCCAGGAGCCAAUGACAAAACUAUGUCCCCAGGUGAGAUCUCAGGGCCUCUCCCCGAGGAUGCCAGCGUGGACUCCGGGGAGCCUGAGGCUCUCUCUGUUGCUGCCCCUGAACCCACAGAUACCGCCAUCACCCUGGAAAAUUCAUGCACUGGGCCAAGGGGCAAAGAAGCAGUGUGUGUGUUGGAGUGUUUUGAAGCCAGUGGCCAAGGAACAUGUGACACCGUGGAUUCUCCUGGUGGGGCGCCAGUUGAUAAAUAUUUACCUCAAGAAAUUUGCUCCAUGGGCUUUGAGCUGGCAGAGGGUCAUAGCGAAGUAUCUGAUUUAUGUUCUCCUGAUGCCAAGACGCUGGAAGUUCUUUUUCAAACACAAGGAUCUGAGACUCCACAGUCUACAUGUGAAGGCAGCAGGGAUGGAAACUCGGCCAUGUCCCCUCUUUUUGUCAGUACUUUCAUCUGGAACGUUUCACGCAAGGCCAGGGAAGGUGAAAGUCCAGCCGAGGCGGAGAACUCCUGUUCCACGCUGGCCUCCGCAGUCCAGGCUGGCCAGGAGGGGCUGAGCCCCGGCAGCCUGGGGGGGCCAGAGCAGACACAGCUGCUUUCUUCUGAGAACAGCUCUUCCGUGCAAUUGAAGGAGGGAGGUGACAGGGUCCCCAGUGCCAUUGCCACAGACACCACAGACGUGCCAGCCAGUCAUAGUUCCGUGGUGAACUUCCCUCGGGUGACACCAACAACAUUAACCGCUGAUAUUGAGUGUCUCCAGGUGACCAAGGAAACUGAGGGCACAUCGACUGUUGCCAUUGUCCCCAAAGUCCACCCAGCCAAAUACCUGGCCGCUUCACUUGCAGAGAACAGGCAUGCAGAUGGCACCGAGGAGAGCUUACCUCAGGCACCAGAUGAACAUUUUCCCCAAUUUCCUUCCAGUGUACAGCGGGGUCAUAUUUUAAGUGGUUCCAAAACCAAAUCUACAAAGGAACUACUUUGCGUGGCACCCGGGGUUCCAGGGGUCUGUGGCCCUGUUCCCCUGCUCCUGGAGGGAGUGGGUUUCUGCAGCUAUUCCCCCCUCCACACGGAUCUCCCGUCUGGAGAUGAGAGCCAGACCGUGGGCCGAGCAGACAGUGGCAGCCUCGAUGAGAGUUUCCGAGCAGGAGGAAGUGAAACAGAGUGGAGGACCCUGCAGGAGAGGCUGCCCCGCCAGGCUUCUCUUUCUGCGGAUAAGACCCGAGAAAGUUGGCCCGUGAUGUUUGCUGCACAAGAGGAGAUAAACUCAAUGGCCUUGGACCACUCGCCAGCAAGCUCUAGGGAAGGAAGAGGGCAGAAUUCAGGCCUGGGGACACGUGUCCCUGUGGUGGCUGGCGUAAUUGUGGAAGACGACGGUCAGGCUCUGAGCGAGGUUCCACCUCCCCCUGACAUCCUGCUGGAAGAGUCUAAAGAGCCUGGACCAGGGAAUGGGGAAGCAGGCAGCACACGGAAGAUUGUAACUCUAGAGCCUUCUGUUUUGGAACUCUGGCCACCAAAACCACUGACGAAUUCUGAGCGCAAGGAGUCAGAAGCUGGUCCCCUAAUUCCCGACAGGGCCUGGGCUGCAUCUGACACUCUAGAGGCAGAUGCUGCUGUGCCCGAGCCGGACCCCUCUGAGACGGCGGCAUCGGCUCCCAGUCCUCUGGGUGCUGACUCAGCCCUUGCUGGGGACAUAAAAACCCGUCAAGGUAAAGAACCAGCCAUCAGAGCACACGGGAGCAGUCUUUCUUCCCCGGAUUUGCGCCAACCCAGGCUCCUGGAGUCAUCCGUGGACCCUGUGGAUGAGAAGGAAUUGUGUGUCUGUGUUGCAGAUUCACCAUCGGAGGCUUCUGAAACUGGAGGGAAGAAACAUGCUCACAGUGUGAGUCAAGACAAGGAGGGAAACCGAGUCAAGGUGGCUCACCCUGCCUUCUUUAAACAGUUGCUGACCUGCUCUCAAAUCCUGGAGUCCUCUGUGGACCCCAUUGAUGAAGACGGUGUGGCGGAGGGCACCGGGGCUCAAGAGCCAGAGCCUUCUGAAGCCACACUGGGGGGCGUCAGAGAGUGGAGCAAAUCGAAUGACGGGAACUUGGGCCAGAGAGUGGAAGUCCCACCUGCGGACUGGCAUGUCCUGCAUCCUGACGAGGAAGGGAAAAGAAUUCUAGGUGGCUGCAGCAUGAGCCAAAUCCAAGAAGGCAGUGACAGGAGCUUGGGGGAGGCUGAACGAAGUACAAAGGACAAAGCAGAGUGUAUUUCCCCCACUGCAGCUCUUUCUAGUUGUCUUGCAACAAUGACUCCUGCAUCCGUCGGGGUUAAUACUCACAACUCCACAGGCCAAGUCCAUGUGGUCCCUACACAUGACUUAGAUGAGCCCAGAAACCGUGCAUAUGUAUUUUCUGACUCACAGGAGAGUGGAACUAUUGAGAAUGAGUAUGGGAAUCAUUUUCCCUCUUCUAGUGAUCUUAUGAGGUCGCCUCGUACUUCAUCUCCUCAAGGAGACGUGGCCAACUGUUCCAUAAGCCACAGAAUUGAGGAACCUAAAAUGGAGGGGCCUCGAAUUGGGGGAACCAAACCCCCGUGCUCAUCAGACUCCCCGGUGAUGACUUUGGCAUCCAUUUCAGGAGACUGUGAGUCAGAGAAAGCCCCUAAGUUCCUGCAGGACCCACGUCCAAAGGGCGCCCUGGGCUGUGUGAGAAAGUCAAGGGCAGCCCAAACUGGCAAAUUCCCAGGGACCCUCCCCGCAGUGACCGGGUCAGAGGAGGUCAAGAAGAAGCAAGAAACCUCAGGAAGCGGACAUCUAGCUGAGGGAAUAAAGAAGAAAGUUCUGUCCAGGGUGGCAGCCCUGAGGCUGAAGUUGGAAGAGAAGGAAAAUGUCAGAAAGAACUCGAGCUUUCUUAAAAAGGUACCUAAAUUCGAAAGGUCCUUAUCGCACACAGAUGAGAAAAAAGACCCCAAAAAGCCAUCUUGCAAAAGAGAAGGAAAAGCUCCAGUGUUACUGAAAAAGAUCCAAGCCGAGAUGUUCCCUGACCACUCCGGAAAUAUAAAAUUAAGCUGCCAGUUUGCAGAAAUUCACGAAGAUUCUACUAUCUUGUGGACAAAAGAUUCAAAGUCAAUAGCCCAAGUGCAGAGAAGUGCAGGGGACAAUUCCACGGUUUCCUUUGCCAUCGUUCAAGCCAGUCAGAAGGACCAGGGCCUCUAUUAUUGCUGCAUCAAGAACAGUUAUGGAAAAGUGACUGCUGAAUUCAACCUCACGGCUGAAGUUCUCAAACAGCUUUCGAGUCACCAGGAUACUAAAGGAUGUGAAGAGAUUGAAUUCAGCCAGCUCAUCUUCAAAGAAGACUUCCUCAACGACAGGUACUUUGGGGGCCGCCUGCGGGGCCAGAUUGCCACGGAGGAGCUGCAUUUCGGAGAAGGGGUCCACCGCAAAGCCUUCCGCAGCAAGGUGAUGCGGGGACUCACGCCUGUCUUCAAGCCUGGCCACGCCUGCGUGCUCAAGGUGCACAACGCCGUGGCCUACGGGACCAGGAACAAUGAAGAGCUCGUCCAGAGGAACUACAAACUCGCCGCCCAGGAAUGCUACGUUCAAAACACUGCCCGCUACUAUGCCAAGAUCUACGCGGCUGAAGCACAGCCUCUGGAGGGCUUCGGAGAAGUGCCCGAGAUCAUUCCUAUUUUUCUUAUCCAUCGGCCUGAGAACAACAUCCCUUAUGCCACAGUGGAGGAGGAGCUGAUUGGAGAAUUUGUGAAGUAUUCCAUCAGGGAUGGGAAGGAAAUAAACUUCUUGAGGAGAGAAUCAGAAGCUGGUCAGAAAUGUUGUACCUUCCAGCACUGGGUCUACCAGAAGACAAGUGGCUGCCUCCUAGUCACGGACAUGCAGGGUGUAGGCAUGAAGUUAACUGACGUUGGCAUAGCAACGCUGGCUAAAGGGUACAAAGGAUUUAAAGGCAACUGUUCCAUGACCUUCAUCGAUCAGUUUAAAGCACUACACCAGUGUAACAAGUAUUGUGAAAUGCUGGGGCUCAAAUCCCUCCAAAACAGCAACCAGAAACAGAGGAAGCCAAGCAUCGGGAAAAGCAAGGUUCAGACAAGCUCCGCAACAGCGAAGAACACGGAAUCCGGGACCCCGGCAGAAAGAAAACCUAACGUCCCUUGUUAA